AUGGCGGUUGCUUAUAGCAGAGACUCAUUUGGAGAUAAAAACCCCGUGGUAAGUGAGUCAGGAUUUCAAUCUUGGGACAAACACAACUCUUUGACGUAUGGCAGAACUACUGUAGAUUUAAUUUCGGUUGCGGUUCUUUAACAAAUCCAACUUCUUGAAUUUGUUUGUUCUUUUGAACGAGAGUUUUGAAGACAAAAACGCUCAUUUUCUAUUGCCGUAAAUGAAAUUAUUACAUGGCUAAGUCUGUUUUUGCCCUGUGAUUCUUCAGAUGGUCUAUAACUGUAGCUAUGCGUACCAAAAUGUCAAAAGCAAAUACUUAUUUUGCAGCUCGAAAUCUGUUUUAUCUCCAAAAUAAGAUUGAAAGUAUUAGUGUCUGUAAACCCUAAGGUCUAGGGUGUUAACUUCGGUUUUUCAAAUGUUAAUACGCGUUUAUUUGCGAGCGAAGCGGACGUAGAAACUGAAUCGUUAUUUUACCAAAGAAGAGGAUUCCAGUCUAGUCAAAAAUCGCAAGACACAGUUAAGAAGACAACACUGGACUGGCAGAGAUCCGAGAUGCUUUGCUAGAGAAAAACGAGCGGUUCCUUCGACUAACAAACGUACCUGCACCUGAUCUUGACUAGCUUUUUAGUCACCAGGUGCCCGUUUCUCGAAAACCCCGAUAAUUAACGGGCGCGUAAAGCUGUUGUUGUUUACAUGCAAGAUAGAGGUUUCAAUAGUUUUGCAUCUAACAUGACAAAACUAUCAGUUAAUGAAACAAACUGGAGUAGUUUGCUAGCCAGGAUCCGCGCCCUUAUGCUCUAUAUCUCGAAUAAAUAUUUGAUUUCGGGCCCGAAAAGUUACCGGGACUUUCGAGAAACGGGCCCCAGUAGCUUUUUUUGCAAAGAGCAACGAAAGAGAGAUGGAAGCAAUUUGGAGCCAGACACAGUGUUUAGUUUUCAAAAGACUCCAACGUCAUGUAAGCUAGCUAAAAACUUACAGUGUUCUUAGUUUUGACUGGAUAAAUUUUUUCAACCUGGUGCUUUUGCACUUUGAUUUACUUUUAAAGCCUUCAGUUUGUGCUAUUGUUUUCUUGAGCCAAUGAAAACUUUCACUUUCUGAUGCCUGUCAAAUAACUGCCUAAGCGCUUGACCUGCACUUUCUAUCCGGUCCCUUGAACAGGACGCGAUAUAAUACAUAUCUUGUUACUAAGCGUUAGUAAUAAGAUAUCUAUUAUAUCGCGUGUUGUAAGCCUUGUUUUUUUUUUGGUCCAUACUGUAAAUUACGCACCGUCGUUUUUUUUUUGUUAAAGGACCGAGUUUUCUUUCUUUUUUAUUUUCUCCCAUCGAUUUUUAUGGCCUGCGCCCUUCCCGCUUGGGCCAUAAAUCGAUGGGCAAAAAAAAAGAAAAGAAAGAAAACUCGGUCCUUGAGUUACAGUACAGAUCUCAAAGUCGGCUAACAAGAGGUAUUAAUGGCACUUCGUUGUUAAUAAUAAUUCGUUGCAGGUUACCGCUGGUCAGAAUGGAAAAUGUGCAUACUAUUUUGGUGGAAGCUCUGCCGCGAAUGCAAUGGCGUCAGGAUUGAUCGCACUCGCCCUUGAGGCCAAGUACGACUAAGUGUAUAAACGGAUUAUUUCAAAAGUAGCAAAGAUAACAACCGGUAAUAGGAAGCUUAAGCAACCACGAGGAAGACGGCACUUAAAACGUCAAUAAAAAAAAUACUCGUGUUCUUUUUACAAAAUUUCAUCGCGGUUAUUUAGCCUCUCUCAAUUUGCCAAAUGUAUGGGAACUUUCUUGAAACUGAACCCUAAAACACUAUAUUGAACUUCAAAAUAGCAAUGAAAGCUCCACGUCUAGUAUUCAUGUCUUCCAUAAAACCGUCACAUUAAGUAGGAAGUUACUCAGUGGACGCGCUGUGGAAGUGAAAGAAAUACAACAAAAAGCUAAGCAUCAUGAACGUGCAGAGUUGUCUUGCUCAUAAUUUUUCUUUGACUUCCUUACUGCCAUCUUCGUAGUGGCUGCUCAAGAUCCCUAAUUAGGCCCGGUUCAGACGCCCCACUUCACAUGAGCCUAACUGAAUUGAAUGUUACUGAUAUGGGGAACGGGGAGCGGGGAACGAGUACGGGAAGGAACGGGGAAAUUAAAAAUUGGAACAAAUCCUAACUUGAACCCUAGCCCUAUCAGGAACUUCAUUUCCAAUUCCCGCAAUUUAUUCCCACUUUUCAUUUUCCCGUUCUCGUUCCCUGCUCAUUUUUCCUCGUUUUAGUCACAUGCAACUGAAUUCAAUGAAUUAAGUUUAUGUGAACUACGGCAUCUGAAUCAAUUCAGCCGGCUCUUAAAUUAGUUUAAGUCUGACUAAAUUCAAAUUCCAUUCGGGUCUAACGAGGUACGGCGUAUGAACCGGGGCCUAACAGUCCAGUUUCGAGUAAAACAUGGACCCUGAAUGAAAGCAGCAAAGACGCAUGUUUACAUGUUUAUAUGGCCAAAACAAGCCCGAGUAGAAGGGUCACCCUCCAAGCCGAGUCAACGUUAGCGAACCUUUAUCUGAGAAAAAGGUUGAUUCCUUUGCUCGAACGAACAGCGCUCGCGCAUGACUGUCUCACCUUGAUUGAGUUGUUCCGGCUUGGUGAGCCAAGGUUUUUGUAUGGAGAAGAGUUGGCGCGGCUGCGAGGGUGAUGACCUUAACAUCACAAAAGAGUGACCCGGCUGGGCGGGCUCGCCCAGGGUAGCUUGGCCAGGCAGGUGACCCUUGACAAUAAACUGGGCCUUAGCCUCAAUCUCGAGUAAAUAUAGGUACGUUUAAAUAAGUAGACCUUGUUUUUUAUGCGUGUGAGUCGAACUAAAGCUCGGCGAGACACAUCCGCACCGGACGCCUUUAUAAUGAAGUGGAUUCUGUCUUUCACAGGAUUCUUUCAAGGUAAAAUUAUUAGGAUAAUGCUGCCUAUUAGAUACCGAGCAACAAUGGAAAAUGUAAAAAAAUUAACGCAAGUAUUCAUGCGCCCUUAGUUAAAGCAGUGAUUUUUUUUUGUUUCAGUAAAAAAUUGACGUGGCGCGACGUUCAACACAUCAUUGUUAGAAGUUUAAGGUUUGCUGGAAGGAAUCCGCCUGAUAUGGUUGAAAAUGGCGCUGGGCUGAAAGGUUAGAGGAAACAAAAGAAUUAACAAAUUUAUUAGUGAAUGUGGCUGACUGUUUGCCGCGUUUCUUAAUAUCACAACAUCCUUUUGUUCUUUCUUAUGUCCUUAAUAAUCCCUAAAGAAACUAUUUUCCUUCAAACUGGCCUUAACAAUUAAGAAAAGCUAACGGUUCAAAUGUAAUUUUUACCUUUUGGUGGAUUUAAGGACUUUCUCAUUUCAUGGUAGAUUGAAUGGAACGAAGGAGGGAUUUUUUUAUUCAUCAAAACACAGUUAUAGAAUAACAUUUUUCAGUGCUUUUUUGAUUCCGUCUGUUUUUAAAAUGCUCCCGAUCUAGUAAAGUUAGUGAGUGAUCAAUACCAUAUGGCAUAUUUUUGGGGAAACGAAACGCUUUCGGGACUUUCCCACGUUUGAUGAAGCGUUGGAUUUUGACAACAACAAAGCACUUUCAACAUUUAAGGAAUUCUGUUAAUUUUUAUUAAGAAAUCAUACAAGAGCAGAAAUCCGAAGCUUCAAACUGCAAACUCGUCAGAAAGAAUCCUCCAGCAAUCUUAUUUAUUUUUUGAAGCUGUUAGCUGGUGCACCUGGCAAAGCUUUCGGCCUUCGUCUCUUGCCCGCAAAAUAUAAGACAAAAAUUAAGGAUUUUAAGAAUACCAGACUAGAUAUUGCCUGAAGUAAAGGUGAAUUCCUCUCGCCCAAUAACUUCGCUAUGUAAAAGAAAAUUAAGAGGCUAGUUCUUUCUUUCUAUAUUUUUUACUCCGCUUUUUUCAUGGAAAAACUUUGAUAACAGCGAACAGCAAUAACUAACAAUGAAUUUAAAAUAUACAGAAAUGUUAGGUAUUGUUGUCCACGAAAAUAUGAAACUUGGAGACAAUAUAGCCUGCGAAAACAGACGUUUCUCCUCGCUCAUCGCCGCUGGAGGACAUUUCGCGAGGAGGAACGUCUACGACUCAGCGACAGAAAUUCCAUACUGUUGACGUAAAAUUCCGAAUCCGGUCAUAAGCGCUGAUUGGACGUCGGAGUAGUUAUGUUGUUCUAGCCAUUGUUCAGGAAUGACAGACAAAAGACAAAGGGCUACAAAGGUCAAAUAUAAACCCGAUGAAUCUAUAACAAAACAGUCAAUAUUUGUGGAAUAUAUUCUUCUCUAGAAGAAGCAUUUGAGUUUUGCUGGAUCUCGUUCGCAAAUGAACACAACACUUUACCAAAAUCGAUCAGGAGAAACGUUAAAUUUGGACAAAUUUGCUUUUGGAACCUCAUAACUACCAGAUUUAUUAUGUAAACGUUGAUGUACGUCAUCAAUAUGGAAUUUCUGUCGCUGAGUCGCAGACGUUCCUCCUCGCAAAACGUCCCAAGCGGCGAGGAGCGUUAAGAAACGGCUGUUUUCGCAGGGUAGAGACAAUACCCUGAAUACUGAGAGGCUCUCGCUUUUAAAAACCAAAUUUCAACAAAAAGUUAGCGAAUUGUAGCCGUUAUUUUACAAAAAUAUACUUAAUAAAAUUACAAUAAUUAGUAAAGUUACAAUAUAUCAAUAAUCGUGAAACUGAAAGGUCGUAUAAGGCGACAGUUAUUCACGGGAAUCUCAAAAAUCUAUCGAGCUGUUUCAAAAUUAUUCGGUUAUUUGUUAGGAAGAUCAAAACUGUUGUUUACGGACCGUUCAUAAGAGCGCCUCGAUACGCAUCAAUCAAAUCCUUCUGUCAAGGAAUCGGCUGGAGCUAUCGUCAAUAUCUUUCACCGCGUUUUUAAAAAGAUUGAAACUACUAUGAGAUAAGAUUGCAUUUCAAAAGCGCUUCGUUUUUUACCGAACUCAAGAUUGUCCAAGUUUUAACUUAUUUGUGUUCAUAAAAAUUUCAUCCCACAAUAUCUUGAUAACGCUCUGAUAAAUUUCGAACAUUAGGCGGCUAUUGGAGGUAAAAGCUUCCUUGAACGAUUUUGGAAGAACAGUUCCCAGUGCCGAGAAAUACGGCUGCAAGUGAAAUAGGCAAUUUCGUUGCUAUAACAACUCCGAUGUCAUUGGAACCUUGAUCAUGAUAAAUUAUCAUCUCUAUCUAAUACGGCUGUGUUGGUAAUUUUUCCAAAUCAUUGUUAGUGGCGACGUAGUUUAUGGUCAAACUUAAGAGGUAUUGACCCUGAAAAACCCCAUCGAGCCACCUUAAAAGUGAAAUGUUUCACGGCAAGCUGUAAAAAAAUGCCCAGACUGUUUCCGUGAGACCAUGUACAGUCCUUAAUGAUAAUCCUGACGUUAUAUACAGCAAAACUGGAGUGACCCAUUCAGCCUUGGGGAUUGUUUGUCAUAUGAAAAGCUUUCGUUUUGCGUUUUGCCUUCAUUUUAGGUAUUUUACAUGUAUCAAUCAAAUCAAUCAAUCAAUCAAUCAUUUAUUUUAACACGUUACGUCAAAGAGCCCAAAAAACUCGUUCAAAAUACGAACGUGUAUAAAUAAAAUCUAUAAUAAUUACAGCUAUAUAAUAUUAUUCAAUUUUAAAAACAACUCAAUAAAUAUAUACAUAUAAAACACUUGGUAAUAAAAACAUAAAAUAUAAAAAGCCAAAAGCGACUAAAAAGUCACAUACUAAAAACGUGACUAGGAAAACUAUAAUAAUCGUUCUAAAAACAGUUAAAGGCUACAAUCGUGCAUUAUAAGACACGUUCUAAAAAGCUGCAGUCGUGCAAUUUACUUCUGAAGUCAUUAGCAUCACUUGAAAGACGCACUUGAGAAGGCAAACUGUUCCAUAACUUAGUUAAUGAAUAAGUGAAAGAAUUCUUCUUAAAUUUAAGAUUAAAGUUAGGUAAUUCCAAAUUCAAGCCCUCGCCUCUUAGCCUAUACGGUGUAUACCUAUAUUUAAAAAGGCUUCCAAUAUAAGUAGGUUCCGUACCAUUUAAGCAUUUAAAAAGAAGUAUUAACGCCUGGUGUAAGCGCCUACAAUAAAAGGAUUUCAUGCUAGCCGUAGUGAGCAGCUCGUCGUAUGACAUUGACUGGUUGUGCCCGAUUAAUGUUCUCAAAAUAUAACAGUUGCCACCUUCGAGACGGUUGCGUUGACCCGUACCUAUGCCGGAGGACUGCAGUAUUCGAGAUGAGGUAAUAUAAUUUAAAUGCUAUAAAGUUUUAUCAUUGCAUCAUGAGGAAGAAAACGCCUUAUUUUUCUCACUGCAGAGGCCUUCGCAUAGGCUUUCUUUAGUUGAUCUGAUAUGUGUUUUUCUAUUACUUUGUAGUAAGCAAUUAUUUGGGAUUUGGGCUAAUGGACGCGCUUCAAAUGGUCACCUUUGCAAGGAAGUGGAAGAAUGUACCGAAACAAAUGCAUUGUGAAGUGCAAAAAUACCUAGGCAUCUACGUCAAGUACGUUACUUUUGCUUAAUUUAAAAUUUGUUCGUUAUUAUUAUUAUGCAGAGUUAUCAACUGGAUGUUGAAAGGUUAAAACGCUACACAGGGCACACAGCGUAACCCGUGUGCCUAGGAGUUAAAAAGAAGUAUAACAAAAUAUAUAUAAUAAUUGCACAAAAAUCACAAAGGAGCAUCUUUAGAUUGUUAAAGAUUAGUGAAAUGUCUCUCACGAUUCUCUCAUACAUGCAUAUUCUUUGUCGGCGAGUUGAUUUGGUAAAAAAAAGCACUCUUCUUGGUAUAAUCAUCUUCAUAUUCUUUGCAUGUGUUCUAAGGCAUUGUAGAGUGAUGACAGGCUACUAUGUGACAUUGAAAUAUCAGGCAAAACCCAGAACUAUCGCCUGAAAAGUGUUUGCAACUUUAAAGUGACUCGAUUCUAGUUAAUUUUGCCUUGCAAACAACAUAAUUGGACUUCAGGCACUUAUUCCAUUGAGAUCUCAAGUAGGCUCGAUUACCAGUCACUGUUCUUAAAAUGAGCCCGCGGAAAUCAGGCCUAAUUAUCGAGUAAAUCAUAUGAAAACGUUAAUUUUCAGGGGCGUAGCUAGGAUUUUCAAAGGGGAGGGGUCACACUGUAUCACACCCAUGGUACUUACCAGAUGGGUAUGUUUACAUCCUCUUGAACUGAUAUUUUUUUCGGAUGAGUAGUGCCCGUUGGGGGAGGGGGGGGGGGGGCUACAAAACAGCCGGAAAAGAUGUAUUGCAUGUUGAUUCUUCGGAUUUGCGACUUUUCGCCACCUGAACAAUAGGGACAUGAAAGCAUCAUCUCACAAAGGGGGGCGUGGGAGGCAGGGGUGCCCCAGGACCCCCCUGGACCACGCCCUGGACUAGAUAUUUAAUUCAUUAUACAAACACUGUUCGCUCGGUGCUUCUUUCAUAGGCCCCUUACACCUAAAAUAGAGAUUUUGCCUAACCCCUGCAAGGAACGAAUUGGCUUUCUGGAACAUGUUCUUGUUAGAGUCAACCUUACAGUUUGGCCUAGAGGAGACUUGCUACUGUCCUUGAAGUCGCCAAAUGGAACAGUGUCUCGUCUUACUCAGCACCGGCCGUUCGAUAGAUUUAAAAGCGUCUCCACUAACCUCACAAACUGGUAUAUUUUGACUCUUCAUCACUGGGGCGAGGAUCCAAGAGGAACCUGGGCAUUAAAGGCUGAUGGCAAUUAUGGUUAG